UGCGUGCCCAGAACAUUGGUUCCCUGUUAUCCUCCGUGGAGUCGCAUCUCCGUGUUCAGGCGGGCGGGCCAUGGCGUUCCGGAAAGCUUUCCAAGUGGCCUGCGGUAUCGCUGGCACGGCCGCUGUGGUGGUGGCCGCGGCGGCCACUACCCAAAGGCGCGGCGAGGGCCGGGUCGAGGCGGCGGCGGUGAGUUGGAGCCCGAGCUCGCCUCUGGAGCAGCGAACGGCCGCCGUCUGGGACUCCAACUGGGACAAGCGGGAGCCUAUUUCACUGAUGAAACCCAAUAAGAAAAACAAAGACGACACUGAGGAUUUUACUGCUCAACUUGAAAAUUACAAAGUCAAAGCCACGAGACAUAUCUUCCUCAUCAGGCAUUCCCAAUACAACCUGUCAGCCUCAACAGACAAAGAAAGAAGUCUGACAUCACUGGGACGUGAACAGGCUGAACUAACUGGUCAGCGAUUGGCAAGUUUGGGAUUGAACUAUGACAUUCUCAUUCACUCCAGUAUGACCAGAGCAAAAGAGACAGCAACAAUUAUCAGUAAAUACCUGCCAGGCUUGGAAAUGAUGAGUUGUGACUUACUGAGAGAGGGAGCACCAAUUGAACCCGUACCACCAGUCAGCCAUUGGAAACCAGAGGCUAUGCAGUAUCAUGAAGAUGGUGCAAGAAUUGAAGCUGCCUUCCGACGCUAUAUUCACAGAGCUGAUCUGAAGCAAGAGAACGAUAGUUAUGAGAUCAUUGUCUGUCAUGCAAACGUUAUCCGCUAUUUUGUUUGCAGAGCUUUGCAGUUUCCACCAGAAGGAUGGCUGAGAAUGUGUCUCAACAAUGGCAGCAUCACCUGGCUUACCAUCCGCCCGAAUGGGAGGGUUGCACUCCGAACAUUAGGAGACACAGGCUUCAUGCCUCCUGACAAAUUAAGUCGCUAGAACAGAACUGCUGCUUAUUAUUUCAAAAUCUUGUGCUUCAUUUCACAGUGCAGAAUGUUGUCAAAUACUUGAAAUGAUAUCAGUUGUCACCAUGUCUGUUUACAAGUUGAUUUUUAUUUUAAUAAUUUUCUGUACAUUUUCUAAUCACUCCCCUGAAUCCAGGUUGUGUGUGUGUGUGUGUGUGUGAGAGAGAGAGAUACAAUUAAUUAAUGUUGAUUCAUUUUAGCUGAUAAUGGACUUGAAUGAUGUCUCUGCCUGUGCUACCGUAUGUUUCUGUUCACUUUCACUCCCUUACCUCAUUGUAACCUUGUUGAGAACUAGUAAACUUAACUUGGAGGGAGAUGCAAAGUCUGGUCCGGAGUGUCUUUAUCACUGUACCAGUAACUUGCUUUUUAAAAAUUUAAAUGAUUCUCAGCAUAGAGGUGUGUUUAGUCUAUCAAAGAGUCACUUUUCUCUCACAGAUAUUGUAUGCUUGAGGCAAAGCAGUGCCCCAUUAUCAAUAUUAGACCCUAUUAGUACACAGUAUCUUGCUUUACUGUGGUUAAUGAGACAUGUUAUUCUCCUUGGCUCAUUGCUAAACCUAGCAGCAGGCCUUCCUUGCCCUGUGCAAUGGGGUACAUUAGCCAGUACUGCUCAGGUAGGGGGAGAGUAGUUGCUAUGAAUCUGACCCUCCAUCAGUCAUUGAGUUGUGAUAUCCCUGUAGGUGAACAGGCUGUUAAAACCAUGAAUGAAAUAGGAUAACUUCCCUCCAUUAAAGGAAAUAAUUUUUUAUCUUUAUAGUACAUUGUGUCAGAACCAAUGAAUUAAUUUUGAAAUAGUCACAGCUUUGCUGGGGAGAAUAAAAGCUGACUGAAACAAAUCAUUAUACUUGAUAAUUGGUGAUCAAGCUGUAGAAUUUGUAUCAUGUUUUGCAUUAAGCAGUUUACUGAUUUUUUUUUCCCCAGGCUACAUCAAUGCAAUAUUAAAUUCAUUACAGUGCUCUGCAAUAAAGGGUUUUUAAACAAA